AUAACAAGUGACAUUGUAAAUGUAGCAUUGCUAUUGUAAAUAUAUCAAUAUAAUUUGCCUGUCUAUGCUGGCAUGCUAGCUGGAAAUGAAAUACAAAAUAUUAAAUGUAGAAUUUUGGGGAUAGAAUUUUGCUUUCCAUAUGAUCAUUCUUGACUACAAUUUAUAGGUUAGAUGAAUCUUCAUUACGAGGAAAGAAAAAACUGGAAUCAUAGCUCAGUUCACACAUCGUCACGGGGAAGACUUUACACGAGAACCCACACCCAAAAUUGCUCAAGGAAAUGAAAAACCAUUUUGGAUCCUCAAUCAGCAGAUUUCUCUCGAAUGGCAUGUUCAGCAGCAACAGCAACCUACUCAUCUGAACAAUUUGGACCACAUGUAGACAACAAAGAAGCAAAACAAUGCAAAAAGAAUCACAUGAACAAUAUGGUUUGAACCAUUCUUGAUUAUGCUCUUGUUCAAUUUCCUAAUAUUAUUCUUCAGGCCUGCUUGAGCUUUAAUCAUGGUCAUUUGCUGUAAUCAAAUAAAAUUGAGCUUUCAGUAUAUAUGGAAUAAUUUAAAAAAAAAAAUCAGAAGGUAGUCAAAGACUCUUUCAAAAAUAACCAAAUAAACAGCAAGGUCUUGAGAUGCGCAAAAAACUAUUUUAAGAAAUUGUAUACACCAGG